CUCCACAUCUCUCUUACACUCUAUAAAUACUCUCUCUCUCCACAUUCAUCUCCAAAUCUCAUUCUUCAUCAUACAUUUCUUGUUCAUUCAACAACAUUAUCUUAUUUAAUUUGCACUUACAUCUACCUAUUAUGGUUAAGUCAGAGACUAACAAGAUCAAAAAAGAACCAUCAAAUUCAAUCUCAGAUAGUAGCAAGAAGAAGUACAAAGGAGUAAGAAUGAGGAGUUGGGGUUCAUGGGUAUCAGAGAUUAGAGCACCAAAUCAAAAAACAAGAAUUUGGUUAGGUUCUUAUUCAACUGCAGAAGCUGCAGCUAGAGCUUAUGAUGCUGCACUUUUAUGCCUUAAAGGUUCAUCAUCUGCUUCAAAUCUCAAUUUCCCUUUAACAUCAUCAUCUUCACAUUACAAUAUUCCUCAAGAUAUGUCUCCAAAAUCAAUUCAAAGAGUAGCUGCAGCUGCCGCGAAUAGUUUCAUCGACAACAAUAAUAAUAAUGUUAAUGUUAAUGUCAAUGAUAAUGCUAACACUCCCUCUUCAUCAUCAUUGGUAUCAUCUCCAUCAUCAAUGGUUUCUUCUGACGAUGUUUCUUCACUUAUGUCAUCUUUCGAUCAAGUUAAUGAUGAAUCGAUGGCUAUGAUAUCGGAAACUAAUUGGUAUGGAUUAGAAGGUUUACAAUCACCUAAAUAUGUUGAUCAGAUGUUGUUAAGUGCUUCUUUCUUUGAUAUUGAUUCAUCAUCACAUUUGCUUGGUGAUGAUCUAUAUGAAGAAAGUGAUAUUCCUUUGUGGAACUUCAGCUGAAGAAACGAUCAAAUACUCUUUUCUUUUUCUUUUCUUUUUUACAAAAUUCAAUUCAAUUUUAAUUCUUUUGUCUUCAGUGAUACUACUUGAAGAUAUUAGUGUAAGAAAUAAAUCUAGGCUCUAAUGCCACAUAUUACAAUAUAUAGUCUGAGUUCAAAUUUGUAUAUCUUUUUUUUAUACAUACAUAUAGUGAAUGUUGGGGGAAAUUCAUAUUAA